AUGCUGGUCCCCGUAGACACUACGUAUGGCUCAACGUUCGACAUCGAGCUGAACCUCAACGAUAAAGUGUUAGACAUCAAAAACAAGAUCGAGAACUCUCAAGGCAUCCCUGUUUGCAUGCAAACCCUUACCCACAACGGCGAGCCUCUUCUUAACGACGAUCUUGAUCUCAAUACAUGUAACAUCGUCGCAAACUCUCGCCUCCUUCUCCUUCUCGACUUACCUUAUGAAGAAGACGACAACCAAGUGCUUCAGCCACAGCCAACAGAGCAAUCUCUAGCUCCCGUUCAAGAUUCGCUCGGACAGUUUCAAGAUUGGUCUGCGAUGGCGAGGAGCAUCUUCCGUGAGAUGCUUGAUCAACCGGAGCAAUCUCUGGGACGGUCUGCGAUGAUGGCGAGACAAGAUUUGCUGCAAAGUGAGCCGUCUUCUACGUCAAACACAUUUGGAGAGGAUCUUCCUUUGCCAACAGAAGGUUUCAGUAACGUGUUACACACGGCACAGUCUACAAUACCCUCAAACACAUUUGGAGACUUAUUUUUUGGUGACGAUCCUCAUUUGCCAGAAGGUUUCGGUAACGUGCUUCACACGGAACAGUCUACAAUACCCUCAAACACAUUUGGAGACUUAUUGUUUGGUGAGGAUCCUCCUUUGCCAACAGAAGGUUUCAGUAACGUGCUUCACACGGAACAGUCUACAUUACCGUUUGGAGACACAUUUUUCGGUGAGGAUCCUCCUUUGUCCACUGAAGAUUUCGCUAACAUUAAAAGUUUCAUGUCCGAGGGCACAACAGAAGAUACCUUGAUGAACACGCAACAAGCGUCUCAUACGGAGCAGCCUGGUAGGGUUUUAAGCAGCAGUCAAGUGGUUCAAACCGAGAAGGCUCCACUGAUGAAAGAGGUCAUUAACGUUCCAGAUUCGCCUGUGAAGAAGGUGAGGAAGUUCAGAAAGCCACCGCAGAGACUGAGAGUAAUGGUGUUGCCACAUUCACCUGAUAACGAGCCUGUGAGUAAGGUUCCUGUUAGUGUGAUGGCUAAUGAGAACGUUGAGGAGCUAAGGAAAGAGCUGGAGAAGCUUCGAGAGAGGAACGAGUUAAAGCUACCUCAAGGAGGGUACUUCUUUAUACACAAACAGAACGUGUUGGACGAUGAUCAGACAUUCUUGUGGAACGGUGUAGCUCACGGUGACACGAUUGAGGUUUUCCCAGGAUAUGUUACCAAAGACGGACGAGUUAAUCAAAGAUAUCGUCGUUAACUCUCUGUGCAAGUCUCCU